AUGUCAGAAGAGAGGGCUGGGGGUGUGAAGGGAGCCACCGGCCAUAAUUCAGUCAACCAACUUUCCCUCCCCAACACUACUACUCAUCGAUUAUACGCGCAGGUCCGUCUCGCAUGCACGCGGGCGAGCGAGCGAGCGAGCGUACGACGACCCAACAUAGCGCAGGCACGUCGUCGCCGUCGUCGUCCCAUGCACAAAUGA